CGCCAUGUUUCAGAAUGAAAUAUGUCCAAAACAUAAAAUGUAAUAUUUCCGUAUAGCAGUAUUUACAUUUCAUACAUUUUUCUUUAUUUUUAAAUAAUACUUUUUGGUUGAUGACACUACAGCGUGAGUUGUAUUUGCUUGUUACGCAAUGCACCAUGGGAGUGGACAACAGCAUAUGCAACGGCAACUUCAGAGAUCCAAGUCCAUCACGGGAUCUGAAGCAGAAGACCAGCAGCAGCAGACCAUGGCAGUUACUCAACAGCAGGCAACAGCCAACCACCCACAAUCACCUGUGACCACGUUUGCAUCUGCAGCUAGCCCUUCAGCCCCCAAGUCACCCAACUACCAGAUAAUCAUGAGCCGCAGCCCUGUCACAGGCCAGAACAUGAACAUCACCUUACAAAAUGUCAGUCAAAUGGUGACGGGCAACCAACAGAUCACCCUCACCCCGCUCCCCCUCCAGAACCCAGGCUCUCCCGGCUUCCAGCACACAGCUCCGCAAUGGAGGUUUGAGCAUGCCCCGUCCUCCUAUAUCAAGGUCACCUCACCUCUGCCCCAAUCCAUGCAGCCCCAAAGUCCCACCCAGCACAACCCAGUACCCCUCCAUCGACCUGGGGCACCCGGAACAGGACUGAGUGUGUGUGGACAGAGCCCAACACGUUUUGUUGAUACUGGCAUGCUUGUGAGACAAAUCAGUCUUGGCAGCCCAUCUGGAAGUGGGCACUUUGUUUACCAAGAGGGGACAGGGUUGACGCAGCUGGCUCCAACCACAGCUGGGCAGGUGCAGUUGCAGCUGUCCUCCCCAGGGGCACCAGGCUCUGUGCGGGAACGCAGGCUGUCACAGCCCCAUUCACAGACUGGAGGCACCAUCCACCACCUCGGACCUCAGAGUCCUGUGGUCAGUGGCACUGCUCUGCCCACACUGGGGAGCCCAGGCCACAUCACCACAUCCAACUUGCCACCUCAAAUCAGCAGUAUUAUCCAGGGGCAGCUGGCGCGUCCCAUGAUAUUUGAGAAGACUCUGGGUGUGGUAGCUGGAGUGGGGACAGCUGCCACAGCAUCUUUCAGUAUGCCUUCCACCAUUCCUCCUUCCAGCCCUUCCCUCACUAACCUUCCCCAAGGCAUCCCCAAUCCCCCCCUCACGCCUACCGGCAUGAGCAUGGGCUCCAUCAAGAAACAGAUUCCCAAAAAGCUGGAGGAGAUUGCACCCUCCAACCCAGAAGUGGCCCAGCUAAGGAAGCAGUGUCUGGAGCACCACAAUAAGAAGAUGGAGGGUCUGAAGGAGGUCUUCAAAGACUACCUGAUUGAGCUGUUCUUCCUCCAGCACCUCCAGGGGAACAUGAUGGACUAUUUGGCUUUCAAGAAGAAACCCUGCGUCCCGCUUUUCACUUACCUGAGGCAGAACGACCUGGACCUUGAGGAGGAAUCGGAAGAGGAGGAGCAGUCUGAGGUCAUCAAUGACGAGGUCAAGGUUGUCACUGGAAAGGAUGGACAGGCGGGGACACCAGUUGCCAUAGCUACACAGCUUCCACCCAAUGUUUCAGCAGCAUUCUCUUCCCAGCAGCAGUUUCAGGUGCACCUGGGAGCAUCUGGCAGCAUGACAAACCCAGGGGACAUGGAUGCCUUUAAGAGGCAACAGGCAAUGGCACACGCAGGCGGGAUGCCCCCCAACCCACAGUCGGUUCAGAUCCCCGGGCAGAAGCAGAACCAGCCUCUCUAUGACCCGUCUAAAGGGCCUCCGGUGCAGAACGCUGCCAGCCUGCACACCCCUCCCCCCCAGCUGCCAGGUCGCCUCCCACAGGGCGCCCUCCCCAUGGCAGGCCUGCCCAUGGCUCUCUCUCAGCAGUCACAGCUGGUGGAGAGCUCAGCCCAGGCCGCCAACCUGCUUCAGGCCCAGGUGAAGGUGCACGGCCCCAUCAUGGCUCCAGUAAACCACCACACACAGAUCCAGCAGCAGAUGCAGUCUGGCCUUCACCUCCAGAUGCAGGCUCAGCAGCUACAGCAGCCUCAGCCCAUGCUGCAGCCAGGACAGGCGACUGUGGCUCUUGCUCGUCCUGGAGCAGAGUCCAACCAACCUGGCCAAAGAAUGAUGAUCAACUCCCUGUCUAACCCCUCCAUGUCUCCUGCCCCCCUCAAUGUCCCCAACUCACUCCCCUCCCCCCACACCAUUGGCCCCCUCCGCCAUCCUGAGUCCAACAUCACCCCUGCCACACAGUCCAAACUGGCCGGGCCCAACAGCACCUCCACUAUCAAAAUGGGUGGUUUUGGUCAGGGCUCAGGUAUGCAGUCAUCAGAAGGGAGCUCACAGGACAAACAAGCUGAGCAGACCAAACUGGAGAGCCAGGUGCACCAGCGUAUCUCUGAGCUGAGGAAAGAGGGCCAGUGGUCAGCCAGUAGGCUGCCCAAGGUCAUGGAGUCCUCUCGGCCCAAAUCCCACUGGGACUACCUACUGGAGGAGAUGCAGUGGAUGGCAGCUGACUUUGCCCAGGAAAGGAGGUGGAAGAUGGCUGCUGCCAAGAAGCUGGUUCGCACCUGUUCCCGUUACCAUGAUGAGCAGAAGAAAAUGGAAGCGAAGUUCAAGAAAGAGGGAGAACUGCGGCUUCGUCACAUUGCUAGCACCAUCGCCAGAGAGGUGGAGUUCUUCUGGUCCAACAUUGAGCAGGUUGUGGAAAUAAAACUACAGUUUGAGAUUUAUGAGAAGAGACUGAAAAUGCUCAGCCUGCAGAAAGCAUCGAGUAAGGGACAAGAUGUUAAACCUACUCAGUCGACAGCAAAUAAAGCUGAAAAGGACGAACCCACUAUGUCAUCAAGGAAGCGAAGGUCCAGCACUUCAUUGGCUGAAGAAGUUCAGGACGAGGAGAGCACCAUAGAGGAGCAGGAAGCCAUGGAGGUGACAGCUGAUCAGAGGGCAGAGUUGGCCGAUCUGGCUAAAGAUGCUGAGAUGCCUCUGGGUGCGUUGGUGAAGCAGUAUGCUGGUGCCUACACUGACAACUUUGACUGGCCCCAGUCUGCCCCACCGAGUGAUGAGGAGGACCGGGAUGAGACUGAAGAUUUGGAGUCCUCUCUGGACAGCCCCCCCGAGGCUGUAGUGAUAGACUCUCUGCUCAGUGUGGACCAGUAUCGAGGUUCUGACAAGGCCUGUCCUCCUGGUACUGACGGGAAGCCUAAGAAGGACAUAGCAGAGGUGGCAGCUGCCACAGAACUCAUCCUACCCAAGGGCAGUGCCAGAACCACCUCUUCUGUCCGCAGCCAGGCUCCUUUCCUGCUGCACGGAUCACUGCGUGAGUACCAGCAGAUCGGAGUGGACUGGCUAGCCAGCCUCCACAAGAAACACCUCAACGGCAUCCUAGCAGACGAGACUACACUGGGCAAGACCGUGCAGAUUGUGGCCUACCUGGCCCAUCUGGCCUGUCAAGAGGGUAUCUGGGGCCCCCACCUAGUUGUGGUGAGGACGUGUAAGAUGCUGAGCUGGGAGAUGGAGUUUAAACGCUGGUGUCCUGGCCUCAAGAUCCUCCUCUACCUUGGCAACAGACAUGAAUGCAGAGCAAAGCGAAGGUGGUGGGCGGAGGCCAAUAGCUUCCAUGUGUGUGUGACGUCCUACAAGCUGCUGCUAAAGGACCAGAGCCACUUCCUGAGAAGGAGCUGGAAACACUUGGUCCUGGAUGAGGUGCAGCUCAUUAAGAACAUGUCUGAGAAACACUGGGAAACCAUCUUUGCUCUCAAGAGUCAGCAGAGGAUCCUCCUGAUCAACACUCCACUACACAACACACUGAAGGAGCUGUGGACCAUGAUCCACUUCCUCCUGCCAGGCAUCACCAGACCCUACACAGACUUCCCAGUCAAGCCAGGCACAGACCAGAACCAGGACUACUGCCACAAACUGGUCAUUCGCCUACACAGGAUGAUCCAACCCUUCAUUCUGAGGCGCUGUAAGAGGGACGUGGAGAAGCAGCUCCCUAAGAAGUAUGAACACAUCCUCAAGUGUCGCCUGUCCAGCAGACAGAGGAGCAUGUAUGAAGAUAUCCUCACUCAGCCAGGAGCCCAGGAGGCGUUGAAGCCGGGUCAUUUUGUGAGUGUGCUGCAGGUGCUGCUGCAGCUGCAGAGGAUCUGUAACCACCCAGACCUGGUAAACAUCAGGGAGACCAGCAGCUCCUACGUGUGUUCCUCUCUGCAGUACAACACCCCUUCCCUGGUGCUGGGAGCCCUGCAGGAGGACCAACGCACGAGCCUGGACCUGUCCCUGUUUGACCUGAUCAGUAAUGAGAACAGACUGACGCGCUACGAGACGGAGGAGGUUCUACCCAAACUCAAAGUCACCCGUCAGCUGAUCGAGGAGAUCCACAGUGCCCCGGACCCACCGGCCAGGCCCAAGCCCUGCAAGAUCAAACCCAUGAGGUUGUUCCAGCCAGUGCAGUAUGGUACCAAGCCAGAGGGUCGUCUAGUGCCCAUGACUAGUACUGUGGGUCAGCAGCGUCCUCCAGCCACCACUACCCCCGACACCUCCACGGCCCCUCAGUCAGCCCAGACCAGGGGCAAGUCCCCUGUCACCACCACUACCACCACACAGGUGGCUGGGACGGCUAUUCAGAAAGCCCAGACUACCUCUCCAGCCACCGGCACCACUGGGUCUGCUGUAGGCUCCUCUGGGAGCGCUGCCACUGGCCAGCAUGUGGUGGGGACUGUGGCCCUGGGCCAGGCUCUGUGUGGCGCAGCCCAGCCCACUCUGCCUGGCAUUGUCCAGGUCCACAGGCCAUCCCUAGCCCCCACCCAUGCCAUCCAACCCAGCCUGGUUCCCCAGAGGCUGGUUCUAACGUCCCAGGCCCAGGCAAGGUUGCCUAGUGGAGAUGUGGUGAAAAUAGCCCAGCUGGCGUCCAUAGCAGGCAGUCAGAACCGGAUCUCCCAGCCUGAGACCCCCGUCACGCUGCAGUUCCAGGGCAACAAGUUCACCCUGUCCCCCAGCCAGCUCCGACAGCUCACCACAGGGCAGCCCUUGCAGCUCCAAGGUAACAUCCUGCAGAUAGUGUCGGCCCCCGGUCAGCAGAUCCUCCGGCCUCAGGGCUCCAUGCUCAUGCAGACGGUACCUCAGGCUGUACCCGUCUCCAACUCCUCCUCCACACCUGGCACCCCGUCCCCAGCCACCCCAACCCACCAAGUUUCAGCCACAGGGGUGAGCGUCAAGCCAGCUCCUGCUGCUCCUGUUGCCCCUCAGGAGUCGUCAGAGGAGAGGAGUCGUCUGCUGAAGGAGCGUCUGAACCGCCUGUUCAGUUCCAAUGAGCGGCGCUGUGGCCGCAGUGUCCUGUACGGAGCUGACCUGCUCCAAGCCUGCUCUGUGACCCCAGGGGCUCCUCACUCUGCCCUGAGCCCCAGGGGCUGGAGGUGGGUGGGCAGGGACAGCUGCCUCAGGGCCCAGAGGACCCCUGUGGCCACCACCACACACCUCCAGUCUGCCCUGCUCUCCUCCACACACCGCCAGGACGCCGGCAGCCACCUAGUCAGCAGGUUAUCAUGUGUUGUCCCUGUCGCAGUAGCUCCUCCCCCUCACCUGUAUGCAGCCAAUCCCCCAGCUCCCUACAGCCUGGAGCAGAAGUCGAUCAGUCGCAGGCUCCAGGAGGCUGCCGCCCCCCACAGCACAGACAUCCACCGCCUGGCCUCUGGACACCAGCUCCAGUUCCCUGACCUGCAGCUCAUGCAGAUGGACUCAGGUAAACUUGAGGCCCUGGCCAUUCUGCUCCAGAAGCUGAGGUCGGAGAAUCAUCGAGUCCUCAUCUUCACACAGAUGGUGAAGAUGCUAGACAUCCUGGAGGCCUUCCUGGACCACCGGCAGCUCACAUACAUCCGCGUGGACGAGAGCCUGACCACAGAGGAACGCCAGGAGCAUAUGAAGACCUUCAACAGGAACAGACAGGUGUUCUGCAGCAUUCUGACCAACCGCUGCUGCUCGGCCGUGGGGACCGUGUUCGAUGCAGACACCAUUAUAUUCUACGACACAGACCUCAACCCCAGCAUGGACGCCCGCACCCAGGAGUGGUGCGACAAGAUCGGACGCUUCAAGGACAUCCACAUCUAUAGACUGGAGAGUGCGAACUCCAUUGAAGAGAAGCUGCUGAAGAACGGCACCAAGGAUCUGAUCAGAGAGGUGGCUGCCCAGGGGACUGACUACACCCUGGCAUUCCUCACACAGCGGACCAUCCAGGACCUGUUUGAGGUGGAGGCCGGCUCUGGGGAGAAGGUUGAGGAGUUUGUGGUUCUGCACCAGGAGCCGUCUCCCUCUGAGGCAAUCUCUCCCCGUGUGGCCAGGCCCUACAUCCAGGCCCUUCACAGCAUCAGCCUGGAUGCCCCACCACCAGAGUGGCAGGAGGAGGAGGACCUGGAGAAAGAGACACAAGUCAAAGAAGAGCCCUCUCAGCUGGAGGAGCUCAGUGCUGUCAUGGACCAGCUAACGCCGAUAGAAAAAUAUGCCCUGCAAUACCUGGAGUAUCUUCAUGUCAGUGAAGACGAACAUGUUGCCAAGGAGCGACUGUUGUGUGCAAAGAGAGGCUGGGAGAUGCAGCACCUUCAGAAACUGAAGGCUGAAGACUCCGAGAGGAUGAUCAUUGAGGACGAGGAGAACCUGUUCACCUACACCAGAGAGGAUGCUUACAACAUGGAGUAUGUGUUUGAUGGAGAAGAUGGCCAAACAGAAAUCAUGCCGCUGUGGACUCCACCUACCCCACCGCAGGAUGACAAUGACAUCUAUAUCGACUCUGUCAUCUGUCUGAUGUACGACUCUGCUCCCAUGCCGGAGUCCAAACUGCCUCCUGUUUACAUCCGCAAGGAGCACAAGAGACUCAAGAUGGACCCCUCGGCAGGCAGGAAGAAGAAGAAGGGUCAUGGGGAGACAGUGAUUCCUCCUCGCUCCCUCUUUGAGAAGGCCAGCAUGCUCAAGGUCCGCCGCGAGGGCAAGGACCAAAAGAAGAACUUCUCCCUGAAGCAGCAGGCGCCCUUCGCCAAGCCUCUGCCCUCGCUGGUCAAACCUGCCAUGGAGGCCGGUCAGGACAACCCAGAGUGGCUCAUCAGUGAAGACUGGGCCCUGCUACAGGCUUUGAAGCAGCUCCUGGAGCUCCCUCUGAACCUAACCAUCAUGUCUCCGGCCCACACGCCCAACUGGGACCUGGUCAGCGACGUGGUCAACUCCUGCAGCCGGAUCUACCGCUCGCCCAAGCAGUGUCGCAACCGCUACGAGAACGUCAUCAUCCCCCGGGAGGAGGGCAAGUUGGUGUAUGAGGCAAACCCCAAGAAGAAAACCAAGAGCAUAUACAAGUCUAAGAACAGCCGGCCGCUGCGGACCUGUCAGAUCUACACCCAGGAUGGCAACGCUACACACAUCCAGCUCUACAACAGCCGCUUUGAGCUCAUGAAGAUCAUCGCCAGCAAGAGGAGUCCCCCCAUUAAACCCCUUCUGGGGAUGAACCCAUUCCAGAAGAACCCCAAACAUGCCUCCGUCCUGGCAGAAAGUGGGAUCGGCUACGACAAGCCCCUCCCUCCCAUUCAGGUGGCAUCACAACGUGCUGAGAGGAUUGCCAAGGAGAAGAAGGCCCUAGCAGAGCAGCAAAGGACUCAGCAGCUAGCUCAGCAGGCUGGAGCCCCCCAGGCCGUGGCCGGUGCUGCCCAACCUCAGGCUGGGGCUCCCGCUGUAGGCCAAGCCCAGGCCCCGGGAGUCCCCCAGGCCCCUGCAGCGACUGGAGCUACCGCUGUACCCAACACAACUGUCCUGGCUGGAGCCAUUAAGAAUGCUGCUGGGGGGACGACCAUUCAAACUGGCACCGUAGCGGGGAACGUGAUUGUGAACACAGUGGCUGGAAUGCCUCCAAGUCCGUUCCAGGCCAACAAACGGCUGGCAUCACCAGGUCAAGUCAUACCAGGCACCCUGUCUCCUGCCGGUGCAGCAGCAGCCCAGGUGGUCCACUCCCAGCAGAGAGCCGUACCUGCCGCUGCCACCCCUGGAGAGGUGAUCGCCAUAGCUACGGGUCAGGGUGUCAGGGCCGUUACCCCGGUGACUGCCUCUGCGGUGGUGUCCACCACUCUGACCCCAGUGCAGUCUCAGACCCGCUCCCUGGUCACUCAGGUCACACCAGCCACAGGCAUGCAGCUGCCCCAGGGGAAGCCCAUCACCCAGGCGCACCUCCACAUGCUCCGCCAGCAGCAGCUCCAGCAGCAACAACAGCAGGCUUCCUCUCCACAAGGCAUUAAGGUUGUGGGCAAACCCCAGGAGCUGCUGAAGAUGCACAAGCAGAAGAUGCAGAUGUCCCAGCAGCAGGUGGCAGUGGCAGCAGCCCAGGGCCAGCAGCAGGCAGGCCAGCAGGCCUCCCAGGUCCAGCUGGCUAACCCCCAGGCAGCCCAGGCCAACCCACAGCUAGCUGCUGUAGCUGCUGCUCCCAGAGCCGGGGCCGUGCUGGCUGGUUCCACCGUAGCCAACCUGCAGCUGGCCAGACUGACCCGGGUGCCCACCCAGGGUCAGAUCCAGGCCCAGCCAGGGCAGACGUCCCAGGUGACCCUCACUAAGCCCCCCGUAGUCUCUGUGCCCGCUAUGGUCUCCUCCGCUGGCGUCACCACACUGCCCGUCUCUGUGGCUGGAAUCAGUGUGGCCAUUGGCCAGGCCCAGAAAACAGGUGGGCCGGUGUUGCCGCCCCCAUUCCCCCAGAUGCAGCUGCUCCAGAUGAAGAAGCAGCAGGCAGCCGUGCAGGCAGCAGCAGCCCAGCAGAAAGCAGUGGAGCCACAGCAAGGACCGGCCACUGUGCAGCAGAAGUUGGGCACCCAGCAGGUGACAGUGCAGGGUCCCCAGGCCACCCAGCAGCAGAAGGUCACCUAUGCUGCCACCACCCAGCUCCAACCUGGCAUCAAGACCCAGUUCUUCACUACCUCCAUUGCCCAGGCUGGAAAACCAACUGGGGCCCAGCAAAUCCAGGUGGCUAAGCUCCCCCAGAUAGUGCAGGGGCAAUCCAAUGUGGCCAACAUCCAGCAGAUCGUAUCAUCUCCACAGCAGAUCCACCCCCAGACGGUGCCCUUGACCCAGACUGCGUCCUCAGCCCAGCCCCAGCCCCAGAUGAUUCCAUCAGGCACAUCCCAGGUGGUUCAGCAGAAGCUUCUCCAGCAGCAGGUGGUGACUGCAGUCGCCUCGCCUCUGAUCCAGACCCCCUCUCCUCACAGUCCAGCCCAGCAGGCCCAAGCGCCUGCUGCAGCCGAGUCCCCUGUACUGCAGCAGCCAGCCAAGGGCCAGGCUCGCGGAGGGGCCAUGAGGGGCAAGAACCAGGCCAAGCCCAGCGGGGGCAGCAGCUAGGAGCCCACAGGAAUAGUUAGUGCUCCCCUUUCAGCUAGGCCAAAGAGCCCAUAUCAUCAGUGUAAAUGCACUCACAAUGACAUGAAGAGAUCCUUUCACUUUGGCAGAGCGGUGAAGUCCUGGCUGAGGUGGCUGUUUUGAAUCUAACCUGGCUAAAGGAACUGCUCCAUGUAAAGGAAUGGCAUGUCUUCAAGAGUGUUAAUCUUCUACAACAGUUCUGUAACUGUUCACUGUUUCAGAAGGUCACCCCUGGAGGCAACCUCCCCCUGCACCAACAUCUAAUAAAGAUCUGAAAAGCAUAUUCAUGCAUUUUAUAUUGAUGAAUAUAUUAAAGUUACUAUGUGGCUGAAGCCUAUGGGCUGGUGCAUCACUAAUUUGGGGGAAUGUUCAUUUGAAUGUUUUGUAUAUUCAUUCAUUGUCCCUGCCCUCCUUGGUGUUCUCAUGCUUACCUUUUAUGUCUGUAAUUUCCUAGUUGUUUAUAGAUAUAGAACAUACCAAUCAUAUCAUGAUCAAGUAAUGUAGCUCCAUAUCAGUACUACAGGUGCAUUGCCUACCAGAAGGAUAAGUGAGGAUUUCAGUCCUCAUGCUUAUUGUGAAACAUGCAAAUCACACAAAGCCCUGAGCCGUUAGGGAUUGCAGAGUUGUAUCCAUAGAAACACAUUCGCAUAACCUUUUUCAGUGUACCAAUUUAACAUUGAAAGAGGUGUCCUUAAAAGUUAGCGUAUUUGAGCUUGCCAUGUCAAACUGCCCCAAUAGUCAUUGUAUCACAGUUAAACAAACCACUCAAUACACAAAUGAAAUACAAUCUGGAUGUGACUUUUUCAGAUAUUCUAUGGAAAAUAAUGCAUGUUCCUUUAGUCCAUUGUAACAAACACUGUAAACAUUAACUAUCUUGUUUUAUCACGUCAUUUUGUAUUGAUGUAAAAAAAAAAAAAAAAAAAAUUGUAAAUAACUAUGGAAAGCAUUUGUACUUGUAAAGUAGUUUAUUUGAUUUUUUUCAGCCUAAUUGUAAUAAAGUGUUUUGUUUUUCUACACUA